GUCUGAUCAUGACAAGUGUCGGAAGAAGAGGAAGAAGGCGCUGAAGUUUGUUGUCUUGUGGUUUUUUUAUUGAUCAGUUUUCCAGGCUUCCAGGUCCUUCUUUGGACUCUAACGGUACUAAUUUAAAACAGACCGAGUCUGAAGUCCUGAUCCGGAAUCGGUGCUUUAAGGGACUGAAGUUUGUUGGACUUCAAGCAGAGAAAGAAUGACGCACAAAGAGGACGAAUAUGAUUACCUGUUUAAAGUGGUACUGAUCGGAGACUCCGGGGUCGGAAAGAGCAACCUGCUGUCCCGCUUCACCCGCAACGAGUUCAACCUGGAGAGUAAGAGCACCAUCGGGGUGGAGUUCGCCACGCGCAGCAUCCAGGUGGAGGGGAAGACCAUCAAGGCCCAGAUCUGGGACACGGCUGGACAGGAGCGCUACAGAGCUAUCACCUCAGCGUACUACCGCGGGGCAGUCGGUGCCCUCCUGGUCUAUGACAUCGCCAAACAUUUGACCUACGAGAACGCGGAGCGCUGGCUGAAGGAGCUGCAGGACCACGCUGACAGCAACAUCGUCAUCAUGCUGGUGGGAAACAAGAGCGACCUGCGCCACCUGAGGGCCGUGCCCACCGAGGAGGCUCGCGGCUUCGCAGAGAAGAAUGGCCUUUCCUUCCUGGAGACGUCUGCCUUGGACUCGUCCAACGUUGAGCUGGCCUUUCAGACUAUUCUCACAGCCAUCUACAACAUCGUCUCCCAGAGGCAGAUGUCUGGACAGGGAAGCUCGGACUUCUCGCCGGCCUCCAACGUGGUUCCCAUCACAGUGGAGCCCACCCAGAGCUCGUCCAGUAAGGGCGCCUGCUGCCAGAACAACUGAGACCCGCCGCUGACGUCCUCCUUCAUCUCAGCGGACAAACGGGGCGGAGGGUUUGUCCUGUUGGGGGCUGAGGAGGAGGAGGAGCAGUGAUGAAGAUGGCCAGGAUCAGUGAGGGCCUUAAUGACGGGUCAUGAAGAAGCUGUGAUGUCCACCAUGCUAAUGGACUCUUCCUUCUGCUGCAGCGGCUCCUCCAUCUUCUCCUUCUCUGUAUUUAUUAACUUCCUGUUUCUACACUAAAAACAAAAAAUGUUCUUUUCAUUCUUUAUUUCUUUUCUAUGAAUCGUUCAUAAAUGAAACGAUGGAGUUCAGAUGCUUCUGCUCCAUCUGGACUCGCUCAGCAAUCCCCCCCACCCCCUUCAGCCCUUUGUCUCCAAACCUUCAUGUUGGGAUGGGGGGCGGGGGCAUGCAUGUUGGCAGGAAGAAGCUUGACCUUUGACCCAAACCUCUGGCUGCUGUAAACACUAUGGUGAUGAUGAUGAUGCAGGGAGAGCAGCUCUUCUUCAUCCCAGCUUGUUUUCCUGGAACUCUUCCUCCUCCUCUUCCUCUCUGUUGGCUGCAACUGGAAGAGAACUGGGCUUAAUGGGCCCCUCAGGUCGGCCCUGCUUUCUCUAGUCUCUACUUCCUGUUUGGGGUGGGGGUGGGGUGGGGGA